AACUUUCUCUCUCAAGCUUGGCAGCCACAGAAACAACGUGGACAGAAAAUCCGAGCUGUUAAUUUUCAUCAACACACAAAACACCGCUUUGGGCAAACAGAGACGACAUGCUGUCACUGUCACUGAAACAGCUUACUCGUCCGCUGGCGCGAUGCCUGCCCUCCGCGGCGAUGGCAGUGCGUGGGCAGCACACCAAGCAGGCGGACCAGUCGGGAGACUUUGCCCAGUGGACUGGGCAGGAGAGCCUGGCGGAGUGUGACCCCGAGAUGUGGGACCUGGUGCAGAAGGAGAAAGACCGGCAGUGUCGCGGACUGGAGCUGAUCGCGUCGGAGAACUUCUGCAGCAAAGCAGCUCUGGAGGCCUUGGGAUCCUGCCUGAACAACAAGUACUCUGAAGGAUACCCAGGAAGGAGGUACUAUGGCGGUGCUGAGGUGGUCGACCAGAUUGAGCUGCUGUGUCAGAAACGCGCUCUCGAAGCGUUUGACUUGGACCCCGUGCGCUGGGGGGUCAACGUCCAGCCCUACUCCGGCUCCCCGGCCAACUUUGCAGCCUACACUGCGGUUCUGAACCCACACGACCGGAUCAUGGGCUUGGACCUGCCCGAUGGGGGACACCUCACUCAUGGAUACAUGUCUGACGUCAAAAGGAUCUCAGCCACAUCCAUUUUCUUCGAAUCCAUGCCAUACAAGCUAAAUCCUGUCACCGGACUGAUCGAUUACGACCAAUUGGAGUUCACCGCUCGCCUGUUCCGCCCUAAACUGAUCAUCGCAGGAACCAGCGCGUAUGCCCGACUCAUCGAUUACGCCAGGAUAAAACAGGUGUGCACUGAAGUGAAGGCUCACCUGCUGGCGGACAUGGCUCACAUUAGUGGGCUGGUUGCAGCCAAGGUGAUCCCUUCCCCCUUCGAGUAUGCAGACCUGGUCACCAGCACCACUCACAAGACCCUGCGUGGGGGCAGGGCCGGUUUGAUCUUCUAUCGCAAGGGCGUGAAGGGGGUCGAUAAGAAGACUGGGAAGGAGCUGAUGUACGACUACGAGGACCGAAUCAACUUCGCUGUAUUCCCCUCUCUGCAGGGCGGGCCCCACAACCACGCCAUCGCCUCCAUCGCCGUGGCACUCAAACAGGUGAGCGCUACAGCCUGCACCCCCAGAACGAGAUCAGCCAGCUCAGGGGGGACCGCGUUCCAGGGAAGAGUCUCCUAGACGCAUAGCGAUUAG